AGAUCCUUCCAUUCAUGCCUCUGUAGACGCUCGGGAAGCCGCUAUGUCUGUGCAUAACCCGCUUCAGGUGAUGAACAUCCCCUGGAGGAACAACAACUUCAGCCUGAUGAGCCGCGAUCCGCCGCUGUCCGAUCAGGGAGAGACGAUCAUCGGGGUCUACCUGCUGAUCCUGGGUUGGUUGUCGUGGUUUGGCAACAGCAUCGUGAUCUUUGUUCUGUUCAAGCAGAGAUCUUCUCUGCAGCCCACCGACUAUCUGACGCUCAACCUCGCCGUUUCUGACGCCAGCAUCUCUGUGUUCGGAUAUUCCCGAGGAAUCCUCGAGAUCUUCAACGUCUUCAGGGAUAACGGAUACCUCAUCACCUCUGUGUGGACGUGCCAGGUGGACGGCUUCUUCACGCUGCUCUUUGGUCUGGGCAGCAUCAACACUCUGACUGUCAUCAGCAUCAGCAGAUUCAUCAAGGGCUGUCACCCCAGCAAAGCUCACUGCAUCUCCAGCUCCACCGUGCUCAUGUGUGUCCUCUUCAUCUGGACAGGAGCCCUGUUCUGGUCUGCAGCGCCGAUCCUGGGCUGGGGAAGCUACACGGAUCGUGGAUAUGGCACCUGUGAGAUCGACUGGGUCAAAGCCAACUACUCCACCAUCCACAAGUCCUUCAUCAUCUCCAUCCUCAUCUUCUGCUUCUUCAUCCCCGUGCUGAUCAUGCUGUUCUCGUACAUCUCCAUCAUCAACACGGUGAAGAGAGGAAACGCCAUGUCAGCCGACGGAGAUCUGACCGACAGACAGCGCAAGAUCGAGAGAGACGUCACCGUCGUGUCUAUAGUGAUCUGCACGGCCUUCAUCCUGGCCUGGUCUCCGUACGCGGUCGUGUCCAUGUGGUCAGCGUGGGGUUUCCACGUGCCGAGUCUCACCAGCAUCUUCACGAGGCUCUUCGCCAAAUCCGCCAGCUUCUACAACCCUCUGAUCUACUUCGGCCUGAGCUCCAAGUUCAGGCGAGACGUGAGCGUGCUGCUGCCCUGCGGCGGAGAGACCACAGACGCCGUCAAGCUCAAGCGCUUCAAAGAGUUCAAGGGGAAGGCAGACGGCCAGAGAUUCAGAGCCGAGGCCCAAGACAACCACGACUUACACAAGAACGAGAAAAAAUACCAUCCGGCAAACCCCGCCCCCAGCCCGGACUCAGGGGUGGGCAGUCACCAGGAGACUCCGCCCCCUGCAGGUGCACAGGUGUUCUUCGUCGACGCCCCCGAGCCAUCAGACACACCUGAGUCCGAGUGCAUCAGACUCUAGAUCACCAGCGCUUACGAGCUUCAUUUAAUAUUUCAGCUACGUCACAAAACGUCAUGAUCACAAAAUGCGUGGAAAGCUAUUUUUUUUAAUAAAUGAUGGUUGUGAAUGUGAACUGUUGUUUUGUAACAAGUGUGUGCGAAUAAAGACAGUUUUAUGUUUA